AUGGGCACCAAUGCUGUGAUGCUUCAUCAGCAGUCAGCGGAGGUGCACCAGAGAUGUGCUAACCCCAUCUUCAAGACCACCUGCAUUAUUGUGGGAGGUGCCUGUGUCUACCAAGGGUUGUUGUUUGAGGUGGGCUGGCUGAUCCUCACAGCAGGUGACAGAGCUAAUGACACCCUCUGGAAGCCAGAUUCUUGCCAGAACUGCCACUGCCAAAGCAAUAUUGUCACCUGUGAGCCCACUGUCUGCCAACACCCUCAGUGUGACUUUCAGAAGGGAGAAGUGCUCCAAAUAGCCCCCAACAAGUGCUGCCCACACUGUGCCUCCCGAGCUGAAGGGCUGUGCCAGCAUGAAGGACAGGUCCACAGUCAUGGCAGCCAGUGGGCCAGCUCAGGAUGUGCCUGGUGCUCCUGUGCCCAGGGGAAGGUGAGCUGCACCCCCACCACCUGCCCAGCCCUCACCUGCAGACCAGGAGAGCUGCAACACACUGCUGGGGGAUCCUGCUGCCCCAAAUGUGUGGGGCCUGGAAAGCCCUGCUCCUUUGAUGGACACUUGUUCCAAGAUGGUGAGGACUGGCACCUUGGUUCAUGCUCCAAAUGCAUCUGCAGGGAUGGCAGGACCCAGUGCUUCACAGCUGCCUGCCAGCCUCUCCUGUGCAGCCAGGAUGAAGUCAUGGUUAUGCCUUCUGGCAAAUGCUGCCCAGAGUGUGUCCCAAAGCCCUGCUCAGUGUCAGGAAGAGUGCACCAGCAUGGGGAGCAGUGGAAGAAGAACAGCUGCAGUGUGUGUGCAUGUCACAGGGGAGAAAUCAGAUGUCUGAGAGAGACCUGCAAGCCUCUCACCUGUGAGAAGGGGCAGAGCAAAGUGCAGCGUCCUGGGAAGUGCUGUGAGGAGUGUGUGUCCUCCAGGAGAAGCUGCUUCUCUGGUGGCACUGUCAGGUACCAUGGUGAGCUGUGGAAUAGCUCUCACUGUCACUUCUGCCUGUGUGAUGAAGGCCAGGUCACUUGCCAGAAAGCAGAGUGUGCCAAAGUGGAGUGUGCCAAGGGUGAAGAAUUAAUUCACCUUGAUGGGAAGUGCUGUCCUGAGUGUGUCUCAAGGAAUGGUUCCUGUGUUUACAAAGAGCAUACCAAGGCUGAUGGAGAGCACUGGGAAGAAGGUCCCUGCAGGGAAUGUGAAUGCCAGGACAGGAGGGUGACCUGCUUCCAGCGCUCGUGCCCGCCCUGCCCGCCGGGCAGCCUGGCUGUGGAGGUGCGGGGUGACUGCUGCCCAGGCUGCCAGCCAGUUGAGUGCCACCCAGACUGCCUGAGCUGCUCUCAGGCCUUUGAUCACUGCACUGCCUGCCGAGACGCGAGGAGGUGGCUGCAGGCUGGGCGCUGCGUGGAGACCUGUGGGCUGGGCUUCUACCAGGAUGGGGGCACCUGCUCAGCCUGCAAUGAAACCUGCUCAGCCUGCAGCAAUGGAUUUGAGUGCUCCUCCUGCCAGCCACCCCUGCUAAUGAAGAAUGGGCAGUGUGUGGCUUCCUGUGGGAAGGGAUACUUCCAGGAUCAGCUGCUCUGCACAGCUUGUCAUCAGUCCUGCUCCUCCUGCUGGGGUGCUGCUGAGAACAAUUGCUUGUCCUGCAAAGACACAGCACCCCUGCUUAAAGAGGGGCUCUGUGUGGCCAGCUGUGGCCAGGGCUUUUACAGCAAGGAUGGAGUCUGCAGAGCUUGUGACCAGUCCUGUGCCACCUGCUAUGCAGACCAACCCAGGUGUUUGACCUGUGCUCCAGGGAAGCUGCUCCAUGAUGGGAGAUGUGUCUCAGAGUGCCCACCUGGCUACUUCCCAAGCACCAAUGGCAGAUGCAGAGCUUGUCAUGGUUCGUGCUCCAGAUGUGAGGGACCUCUGGCCACUCACUGCACCUCCUGCUCCUUUCCUCUGGUGCUGCAGCAGGGCCAGUGCCUGCAGGGCUGUGGAGAGGGCUUUUACCAGGAUCAUGAUGUCUGCAAGGGUUGCCACCCAUCCUGUGGUGCCUGCGUGGGCCCGGGGGCCGCUCGCUGCCAGAGCUGCAGGGCGCUGGGGCACGUGCUGCAGCCUCAGCAGCCCAUGGAAGGAGCUGUGCAUGGCCUCUGCCUCUCUCACUGCCAAGCUGGCUUCUACAUGGAUAGCAGAGGAGUCUGCAAACAGUGCCACUCCUCCUGUGCAAGCUGUGUGGGGAACACCUCCCAGGACUGUACAGCUUGCCUCUCAUCCCAUGUCCUGCUUGAAGGCAGGUGCCUCUCAGAGUGCCCAGAGGGAUUCUUCAGCCACCAAGAUCACUGCUCCUCCUGUCAUCCAUCCUGCAAGACCUGCCAUGGCCCUUCUGAGCUGCACUGCUCAACCUGCCACCCCCAUGCAACUCUAGCUGGUGGAAGGUGCAGGACCAGCUGCAAGGGAGAGCAGUAUCUCAACCUGGUGGGAUAUUGCUUGGAGUGCCACCCUUCGUGCCGCCGCUGCGUGGCCAACCUGUGGGACACCGGCAGUGUCUGCCUGGAGUGCCAGAGCUCCAGACACCUGCUCCUGGGGGAUCUCUGCCUUCCCCACUGCCCACUGCGGUUCUACCUGGACAAGGGGGCCUGCAAACGGUGUCACCCCUCCUGUCAAACCUGCACUGGUGGAGGUCCUUCCUCCUGCUCCUCCUGCAACAGCAGCCUGGUCCUGUCCCCCAGCAGCAUGUGUGUGCCAGCCUGUCCCCCAGGGUACUACAGGGAUGCCAGGCAGACCUGCCAAGCUUGCAACAGGCAGUGCCUGAGCUGUGAGUCAGCCACCAGCUGCACGUCCUGCAGAGACCCAGCUAAGGUCCUGUUGUUUGGAGAGUGCCAGGAUGAGACCUGUGCCCAGCAGUACUACCUGGAGCUUUCCAGCAAGACUUGCAGAGAGUGUGACUGGAGCUGUAAUGCCUGUAAAGGUCCCAAGAGCACUGACUGCCUGCAGUGUAUGGAGGGCUAUGUCCUCCAUGAAGGAGCUUGUGUGGAGCAGUGCCCUGCAGCUUUCUACAAGGAAGCAGACAUGUGCCAGAGGUGUGAUCAGCGUUGCCUGCAGUGCCAGCAAGCAGCUGAGUGCAGCCUUUGUGAAGCCUCAUUUUUCCUCUUGGACACUCACUGUGUGCAGCAGUGUGGGAAGAGAUUUUAUGCAGACCAGGCCCAGAGGAAGUGCAGAGCUUGUCCUCCAGGGUGCUUGGAGUGUGACAGUGCCAGCCAGUGCCACCUCUGUGACAGCACCACCUUUCUGAAAGAGAAGAGUUGUGUUUCUGCUUGUGGCCAGGGUUUCUAUGGCAAUCCUUGGAGCAGGGAGUGUGAAGAAGCCAGCAAACAUCCCUUGAGCUUCCCCACCAACAGGACCCUCAGAGUAGGAAUUGGUGGGGUGAAGCCCCUGGAGCCCUCCUUGCUGAGCGUGUGUGGUCUGGACGGUGGCAGAGGCCAGCUCCGGUUGGGCAUCGAGAGCGCUCCCUCCAACGGCAGGCUGCUGCUGCUGCUGCUGGGAGGCAAGGAGCUGCAGCUGCUCAAAGGGGACCACUUCAGCUGCCAGGAUGUGAAGGAGAAGAGGAUUCGCUUUGUGCACAGCCAGGAGAAACCCAGGAAAGGACAAUUUGCCUUGAAGGUCAGCGAUCAGCACUUCCUCUCCCGCCCUGAAGUGAUCAACAUUGAAGCAUUUUCCACACAGGCCCCGUACGUGUUCAGAAAUGAGGCUCUCCUUGUCCACAGAGGGGAAACUGGAACUAUAACAGAGCUGCUGCUUGGUGUGAGAGACAGUGACAAUCCUCAGGACGUUGUGCUGGUGGUUUUAGAGCCUCCACGGCACGGGCAGCUGAGCAAACCUCCUGGGGACUCAGCUUCUGCAGCCCAAAUAUUCCGCCUGGAGGACCUUGCCAGGGGACUGCUGCGUUACACCCACGAUGGCUCUGACACCCAGGAUGAUGCACUUCUUUUGCAAGUGACUGAUGGUUACCACUUCCAGAACAUCCUGUUCCACAUCAAGAUUGCUCCCAAGAAUGACAGAAGGCCUCAGCUGGUGACAAACUCCCUGGUGUGGGUGCCCCAGGGGGGCAUGCUACAGAUCUCCAAGACCAUUCUGCACGCCAAGCUACCUGGUGCCCGUGACUCUGAGAUAACCUUCACCAUCACCAAGGACCAGCCAAGACAUGGUGAAGUGGUGCUCCUGGUCCCAAUGCCAGCAGAUGGCCCAGCAGACUCGUGGCAGCUUUUGCCUGAUGGGAGAGCAGCCUCCCCUACAACCUCUUUUACCCAGCAGGACAUCAAUGAAGGCAUUGUGUGGUACAGGCACUCUGGAGCUGAAGUGGAGACUGACUCCUUCCAAUUCCAGGUGUCCAGCUCUUCCAGACCACAAACCAGCUUGGAAAGCCACGUGUUCAACGUUGCUGUUCUCCCCCAGACACCCAGAGCACCUCAGCUUUCCCUUGGCUCCUCUCUGCACAUGGCUGUGCUGGAGGACCGUGUGACAGUGAUUGAGCCUCACCACCUCUCCUUUGUAGACCUGGAGAUCCCCAGCGACAAAAUCCUCUUCAACAUCACCGUCCCUCUGCUUCCUGGCCAAGGUAUUGUGGAGCACAGAGACCGACCUCUCUCCCCAGUCAGGUCCUUCAGCCAAGCUGACAUAAACCAUGGCAAGAUUGCUUAUCGACCACCAACUGCAGCUCCUCACUUGAGAGAGAUCAUUGCCUUCUCCUUUGCAGGUCUCCCAGAGUCAGUGAGCUUCCGAUUCACAGUGUCUGGUGGAGAACACACAACCCCCGAGAUGGUGUUCGUCAUUCAUCUGCUCUCUGCAGAGCACCAGCCUCCAGUCUUCCAGAUCACAGCUCCCUUCCUGGAGGUCAGCCAGGGGGGCAAAGCCACCAUUGGGGUCCAGCUAGCUGUGAGUGACGCGGAUACAGCUCCUGAGGGCCUUUUCUUUGAGCUGGUGAAGCCUCCCCAGCAUGGCCUUGUGCUGAAGUCCAGCGCAGGCGUGCAGGAGCGCAUGAGAGCAGGUGAUGCCUUCACCUACGAGGACGUCACUCGCAACGCUCUGCAGUACCUGCACGAUGGCUCAGCAGCAGCAGAGGACAGCAUGGAAAUCUCUGUCACCGACGGUGUCACCACUGUGACCACAGUGCUGAGGGUGGAAGUGUCCUUGCUGGAUAACAAUGGGCCACAGCUGGCCCCAGGCUGCCUGCUGGCAGUCACUGUGGCCAGUAAAAGCUCUGUGACUCUCUCUCGACUGCACCUCGCUUAUGUUGACAACAAUUCUCCUGACUCAGAGAUAAGGAUCCAGUUAAUAUCCCUGCCUGCAUAUGGCAGCCUCCUGCGGCUGUCAGGCUCUCAUGAUGAGGAGCUUUCCAAGGUUUAUAAUUUCACCAUGGAGGACAUCAACAGCCAGAGGAUCAGCUACUCCACCAUGUUUGAGACCAGCAAUCAGCCAGUCACAGACCUCUUCCACUUUGUGGUGUUCGAUGCUGACAACAACCAGCUCGACAGGCAGAUGUUCACCAUCACCAUCAUGCCUGCCCAGACCAUGCCACUGCUCCUUGCCUUUGCUGACCACAUCACUGUGGAUGAAGGGGGCAAGGUCCCACUGCUGGCUCAUCACCACUUAGCUGCUGAUUAUGAUACUGCUGCCAAGGAGGACCUGAGGGUCACAAUUAUCACUCUACCCAUGUAUGGCUACCUUGAAAACACUAAGACAGGUGAGACUUUUGGCCCACAGAAUGAGUCUGCUGUGCCCACAGACACAUCCUUUGCCCUUCAAGACCUCCUGGAGGGCAGCAUUUACUACUUCCAGAGCGUGCACGAAAGCAUCGAGCCAAGGAGCGAUGUGUUCAGCUGCUACGUGAGCGACGGCUUCAGCCGCUCGGAGGUGCAGAGCAUCAACAUCACCAUCCAGAGGCAGAACGAUGAGCCCCCAAAGAUGGUGCUGGAGCCUGUCAGAGUGCCUGAGGGCUCAGCUGUGGUCAUCACCAACACCUCCCUCAACCUGCAGGACUUGGACACCCAGAACAGUGAGCUUGUCAUCGUGGUUACCAGAAGUCCUGAGCAUGGUGAGCUCCGCAGGAGGCAGAGUGCCGCAGAGCCCCCAGAGCAUGGCCGUGUGCUGGCCCUGGGCUCCUCCUUCACCUACCAGGAGCUUGUGGAGGAGCUGAUUGUCUACACCCGCGGCGGCGCGGCAGCCCCCACCGAUGAGCUUGGCUUCUCCGUCUCGGAUGGGCUCCACACCCAGACAGGGAGGCUGGAGCUCUUCACCCAGCUGCCAAAGAAGCAGCCACCCACCUUAGCUGUCAACAGAGGCCUGCAGCUCCCAGCUGGCUCUGCAGCACACCUCACAGACCAGCACUUGAAAGCAGCAGCCAUUUAUUCAGAUGACACAACCAUUAGAUUUGUCAUGAGGAGGGAUCCCAGCAUGGGCCACCUGCAGUUGACCAAAACUGAUCCUCCAGUCCAGAUCUCUGUCAAGGGACCUGUCAAAAGUUUUACCCAGGCUGAUAUAAACAAAGGCCAUGUUCUGUACAGCCACAGGAAAGGGGAUCCUGGUGGAAAUUUUGCCUUCACCUUUGAUGUGAUGGAUGCAGAGGGCAGCAAACUGACAGAGCAGGUUUUUGGUAUCAAUGUGCUAGAGAACAGAUUUCCCCCUUCCAUCAUCGCCAACAGAGGGCUGGUCUUGGAUGAGAACUCAGUGAAGACCAUCACCACCCUCCAGCUCUCUGCCACUGAUGAGGACAGUGAGCCCCUCCAGCUCCACUACAGGCUCACCAAGCAGCCCCAGCUGGGGCACCUGGAGCAUGUGGCCUCCCCAGGGAAGAGGAUUAGUUCCUUCAGCCAGGCAGACCUGGCCUCUCGCAGCAUCCGCUACGUCCACACCAGUGACAUUGAAAAGCACACAGAUGCCUUCACCUUCUCUGUGUCUGAUGGCACCAAUGAGGUGAGGCAGACAUUUGACAUCACCAUCAACCCCGUGGAUGACUCCUUACCUGUAGUGCAAAGCCUGGGGAUGACAGUUCAGGAAGGUGUGAGAAAAACCAUCACAGAGUUCGAGCUGAAAGCAACAGAUGCUGACACAGAGGCCGAGAGGAUCACGUUCACGGUGGUGCAGCUGCCGCGGCACGGCCUGCUGGAGCGCAGCAGCAGCAGCGGGCAGCGGCCCCUGCCCACCACCACCUUCACCAUGGCUGACAUCUACCAGGGCCGCCUCAGCUACAGCCACCAUGGCAGCAGCUCCCUCAAGGACCGCUUCACCUUCACCGUGUCGGAUGGCACCAACCCCUUCUUCAUCGUGGAGGAGGGGGGAAAAAAGGUGGUGACAGCAGCCCCGCAGCGCUUCAGAGUGGACGUCCUCUCUGUGGAUGAUGGGACACCCAGGGUGGUCACCAACCUGGGUUUGCAGUGGCUGGAGUACACAGAUGGCAAGGCAACCAACCUUAUCACCAAGAAGGAAUUGCUGAGCACAGAUCCUGACACAGAUGACAAACAGCUGAUCUAUGAGAUAACAACUGGCCCAAGAAAUGGUUAUGUGGAGAACAAGUUGAACCCAGGGACAGCUGUGGCCACCUUUACACAGGAGGAUGUGAACCAGGGCCUCAUCCGGUAUGUGAUGCAUGAGGAGAAGAUCCAGGAGACCAUGGACAGCUUUCAGUUCCUAGUGAAGGACAGCAAGCCCAACGUGGUCAGUGGCAACACCUUCCAUGUCCAGUGGUCUCUCCUCAGCUUUACAGACACCAGCUACAGCGUGAGGGAGAGCGUGGGCUCGGUGAGCCUGGCCGUCCGGCGCCGGGGCAACCUCAACCAGUACAGCAUCGUCCUGUGCCGCACCCAGCCGGGCACCGCCAGCCCGCGGCCAGCAGAGCAGGACUACGUGGAGUAUGCAGGGCAGGUGCAGUUUGAGGAGAGAGAAGAGACCAAGACCUGCACCAUCAUCAUCAAUGAUGACAACAUCUUUGAGAGCAGGGAGAGCUUCACGGUGGAGCUGAGCAUGCCAGCCUACGCCCUGCUGGGGAACAUCACCCGGGCCACCGUCACCAUCACGGACAUGGAGGAUGAGCCCACCCUGCAGUUUGACAGGAAGACCUUCCAUGUCAGCGAGAGCACUGGGGUCCUCUCUGCUCCUGUGGAGAGGAAAGGGGACACCAGCAGCACAGUGUCUGCCAUCUGCUACACUGUCCCCAAGUCAGCCAAGGGGAGCAGCCUUUCCGUGCUGGAAUCCAGCUCCGACUUCAAGUCCCGGGGGCUGGCGGAGGACAGCCGCAUCGUCCUGGGCCCAGGUGUCACCAGGGCCACGUGUGACGUGCUGCUGGUGGAUGACAGCGAAUAUGAGGAGGAGGAGGAGUUUGAGGUGGUGCUGGCUGACCCCUCGGCCAACGCUCGCAUCGGCAGCCGCGCCUCUGCCAGCGUCUUCAUUGCCGGCCCCAACGAUGCCUCCCUGGUGUUCCUGGGCAAUGCUACCUUCACUGUCAGCGAGGCUGCAGGAAACAUUGAGAUUCCAGUGCUCCGGCAAGGCCCUGAUCUCUCCAGCCCCACCUCGGUGUGGUGUGCCACUCGCACCUCAGAUCCUCCAUCUGCCAGCCCAGGGGUUGACUAUGUCCCCAGCUCCAGAAAGAUAGAGUUCAGGCCAGGCAAGACGGAAGAGGUGUGCACCCUGACCAUCCUGGAUGAUGCACAGUACCCAGUGAUAGAAGGGCUGGAGACCUUUGUGGUUUAUCUCAGCUCACCCCAAGGAGCUGAGCUGACCAAGCCCUUCCAGGCAAUCGUGGCCAUUAAUGACAUCUUCCAAGAUGUCCCAAGCAUGCAGUUCACCAAGGACACAUACAGGGUGAAGGAGAAGGAGGGCGCUCUGCACAUCCCCAUCUCCCGCACCGGGGACCUGAGCUAUGAGUCCUCCGUCAGGUGCUACACCCAGAGCCAGACAGCAGAGGUCAUGGAGGACUUUGAAGAGAGGAGAAAUGCAGAAGAGUCUCGCAUCACGUUCUUGAAAGGGGAGAAGGUGAAGAACUGCAGUGUUUAUAUCAGUGAUGACUCUGCCUUUGAGCCAGAAGAACAGUUCCAGGUCUAUCUUGGUAGCCCACUUGGAAACCAUUGGAGUGGAGCUAGGAUCGGGAAGAUGGACAUGGCAACCAUAACUGUCACCAACGAUGAAGAUGCACCCACCAUUGAGUUUGAAGAAGCUGCCUACCAGGUCCGGGAGCCGCCUGGCCCAGAGGGUGUUGCUGUUUUAAACAUGAAGGUGGUCAGGAGAGGAGACCAGAACAGGACCUCCAGAGUGCGCUGCAGCACCCGCGAUGGCUCCGCUCAGGCUGGGGUGGAUUACUACCCCAAGAGCAGAAUGCUCAAGUUCAGCCCAGGUGUGAACCACAUCGUGUUUAAGGUGGAGAUCAUGUCCAAUGAAGACCGUGAGUGGCAUGAGUCCUUUUCUGUGGUGCUGGGUCCUGAUGAUCCUGUGGAAGCUGUUCUUGGAGACACCAGCACUGCCAUAGUGACUAUUUUGGACCAGGAGGCUGCAGGGAGCCUGAUUCUACCAGCACCACCUGUAGUUGUCACCCUGGCUGACUACGACCGGGUGGAAGAAGUGACCAAGGAUGGUGCUAAGAAAUCCCCCUCCCCAGGCUACCCACUCAUCUGUGUCACUCCCUGUGACCCUCACUUCCCCAAGUACCCAGUGAUGAGGGAACGCUGCAGCGAGGCUGGCAUCAACCAGUCCUCAAUCCAGUUCAGCUGGGAGGUAGCAACCCCCACGGACGGGAAUGGAGCCAGGUCCCCUUUUGAAACCAUCACUGACAACACUCCCUUCACCAGUGUCAACCACAAGGUGCUGGACAGCAUUUACUUCAGCCGCCGCUUCCACGUCCGCUGCGUGGCCAAGGCUGUGGACAAGGCUGGCCACCUGGGGACCCCCCUGAGGAGCAAUGUGGUUACCAUAGGCACAGACAGUGCCAUCUGUCACACUCCUGUGGUGGCAGGGACAGCCCGAGGCUUCCAGGCACAGUCGUUCAUCGCCACACUGAAGUACUUGGAUGUCAAGCACAAGGAGCAUCCCAACAGAAUCCACAUCUCAGUGCAGAUCCCCCAUCAGGAUGGAAUGCUGCCCCUCAUCUCCACCCUGCCCCUGCACAACCUGCACUUCCUCCUCUCGGAGUCCAUCUACAGGCACCAGCACGUCUGCUCCAACCUGGUCACCAUCAGGGACCUCAGAGGCAUCUCAGAGGGAGGCUUCCUGGAGGAGGUGUCCUACGAGAGCAUCACCCUGGGCCCCGGCUAUGACCGCCCCUACCAGUUCGACGCAGCGGUGAGGGAGCCCAAGAGCAUCCAGCUCUACAAACACCUCAACCUGAAGAGCUGCAUUUGGACUUUUGAUGCUUAUUACGACAUGACUGAGCUGAUUGAUGUCUGUGGAGGCUCUGUCACUGCUGACUUCCAGGUCCGGGACUCUGCUCAGUCCUUCCUGACUGUCCACGUCCCCCUCUACGUGUCCUACAUUUAUGUGACAGCGCCGAGGGGCUGGGCUUCUCUGGAGCAUCACACAGAGAUGGAGUUCUCCUUCUUCUAUGACACUGUCCUCUGGAGGACAGGGAUUCAGACGGACAGUGUCCUCUCAGCGCGCCUGCAGAUCAUCAGGAUCUACAUCCGCGAGGACGGGCGGCUGGUCAUCGAGUUCAAGACACAGGCCAAGUUCAGAGGGCUCUUUGUGAUGGAGCACCACAGCCUGCCAGAUGUCAGGUCUUUUCUAAUGACUCCAGACCACCUGGGAGGCAUCGAGUUCGACCUGCAGCUGCUUUGGAGCGCUCAGACUUUUGACUCUCCCUACCAGCUCUGGAGAGCCACCAGCUCCUAUAACAGGAAGGACUACUCUGGGGAGUACACCAUCUUCUUAAUCCCCUGUACUGUGCAGCCCACACAGCCCUGGGCAGAGCCUGGAGACAAGCCCCUGCCCUGCACAGCUCACACUCCCGAGCGAUUUUUGAUCCCCAUUGCCUUCCAGCAGACAAACCGCCCUGUUCCUGUCGUCUACUCCCUCAACACCGAGUUCCAGCUCUGCAACAACGAGAAGGUCUUCCUGAUGGACCCCACCAAGGCUGAAAUGUCCCUGGCAGAAAUGGAUUACAAAGGAGCUUUCUCAAAAGGGCAAGUCCUGUACGGCCGUGUGCUCUGGAACCCCGAACAAAACCUAAAUGCUGCUUACAAGCUGCAGCUGGAGAAGGUCUACCUGUGCACAGGCAAGGAUGGCUACGUGCCCUUCUUUGACCCAACAGGCACUGUCUACAACGAGGGGCCCCAGUAUGGCUGCAUCCAACCCAACAAGCACCUGAAGCACCGAUUUCUCCUCUUGGACAGGAACCAGCCAGAGGUGACUGAUAAGUACUUCCAGGACGUGCCCUUCGAUGCCCACUUUGCCUCCGAGCUGUCCGAGUUCCAUUCCGUCAGCAGCAUGCCCGGAGUCGAUGGCUUCACUCUCAAGGUGGAUGCACUCUACAAGGUGGAAGCUGGACACCAGUGGUACCUUCAAGUCAUCUACGUCAUCAGCCCCGAGGGCAGGGCCGGGCCCCGCGUUCAGCGAUCCCUCGCUCACCACUGGGCGCGCGGCCGCAGGGACCUGGCUGACCCCGGCGGGAGGCCGCUGCUGGAUGACUCCUUGAUCUAUGACAAUGAAGGUGACCAGGUCAAGAACGGCACCAACAUGAAGUCCCUGAUCCUGGAGAGGGAAGAAGCUGCCCUGGCAGCCUCCUUAUCCCAAACAGGAGCCUCCCUGGGCAGCACCUUCGCUGCCGUCACCCUCCUGCUCCUGCUGCUCUCCGGGGUUUGCCUCCUCGCCAGGAAGUGUCACAAGCUGAGGAGGAAGAGGAAGGCUUCCAGAGCUGCUCCUGAGGAGCAUCCCCUGAACACCAAGGUGGAGCUACCUCGGGGCAUGGAGAAGAGCCUGGACAGCAGGUACUGCACCGUGAGGAACAUUAAUAUACUGAGGGAAGGCGGGAGCACCUGCGAGGGGAAAGGGAGGAAGGUGAAGCAGGUGAACUUGGAGGUCAAAGUCCACAGCAAUUUGCACGACGGAACAGAAGUUUAG